CCCCCUUUCCCUCUGCAUCCGCCUCUGGUUUUUCAGAGCAGCAGUCCAGGCGCGGAAUUGAAUUCCGGUAGGAUUUGAGAGCGGAGCGGAGCGGAGAGGAGAGGAGAAGAAGGCGGUAGGCGGGGAAGAUGGAGAUGCCGGCAGGGAGCGGGGCCCCAGCGCUGGCGCGGCAGGGCUCGGUCUACUCGCUCACGUUCGACGAGUUCCAGACCACGCUCGGCGGCGCCAGCAAGGACUUCGGCUCCAUGAACAUGGACGAGCUGCUGCGCAACAUCUGGACAGCCGAGGAGUCUAACGCCAUGGCUGCGGCCGCCCCGGCCACGGCCACGGCCACGGCGGCCGCAUCCGUGGACGCGCACGCGCAGCAGCAGCAGCAGCAGCAGCACGGGGCGCCCAUCCAGCGCCAGGGCUCCUUCACGCUGCCCCGCACACUCAGCCAGAAGACGGUCGACGAGGUCUGGCGCGAGAUCGUGAGCCUCACCAGCGGCGAGGACGCGCAGCAGGUUGCGGCUCCCGCUCCCGCUCCCGCGCCCGAGCCCGAGCCCGCGCCCGCGCCCGCGCCGCUGCCGGCGCAGGCGCAGGCGCAGCAGACGCUGGGGUCCAUGACUCUGGAGGAGUUCCUGGUACGCGCCGGCGUGGUUCGUGAGGACAUGGGGGGGCACCAGACCCUCCUGCUGCAGCCGCACGCGCAGGGGCUUUUCUCCCAGGGGAAUGCGGUCGCGCCGCAGACCCUGCAGCUGGGAAACGGGAUGGUGGCCGGGGUCGUCGGGCAGGGCCUCGGAGGAGGGGUGACGGUGGCGGCUCCGACGACGCCGGUCGUGUUCAACGGGUUGGGAAAGGUGGAGGCGGGUGAUCUGUCGUCGCUGUCGCCGGUGCCGUAUCCGUUCGACACUGCGCUGAGGAUGCGGAAGGGACCCACCGUCGAGAAGGUGGUGGAGAGGAGGCAGCGCCGCAUGAUCAAGAACAGGGAGUCGGCCGCCAGGUCGCGUGCGAGGAAGCAGGCGUACAUAAUGGAGCUGGAAGCUGAGGUGGCAAAACUCAAGGACCAGAAUGAGGAGUUGCAGAAAAAGCAGGUUGAAAUGCUAAAGAAGCAAAAGGAUGAGCGGAAGACAGUAGAUCUUUCUGGCUGCCGAUUUUGAUGCGCUGCAUAUUCAUCAACUGGGAAAUGACGGUUCCCUUCAGACAAUGUGUUUUUUUUUCACUCACAAAAGCUUCUCUGUAAAUGGUUUUUGCAGGUCCUGGAGCGUAUCAACAGCCAACAUGGACCAAAGGCAAAGAAGCUUUGCCUGCGCCGCACCCUGACUGGCCCAUGGUAGCCUGCUGAAGCUUGCACAAAAUUGACCGAAGUCAAGAUCGUCGGGCUAGAUGUGCCCGUGUGUAUAUAUCAGAUGAAGUCAAGAGUACUGAGUACCCCGUUACCCCUGUAGACCGCCGCUACUUCAGAGCUGCCGUUCUUGUUCUGUGACGUGGGUAGUCUGCGCCUGACAGUUCGCUGUUUAGGUUCGGUUGCGCGAUCCUCACAUGAACAAUGAGGCGUGCCAUCUAAUUUGUUUAUUAACUCACUCCUAUCUAUGGUGAGAUAAUGCAAGUAACCUGGAGUAUGUUUGGUUGAUUUGCCGUUUUGAAAAAUAUGCUGUGAGCUGUGUGGAAAAACAGCGGUGGCCCGUGUGGAAAAUAGAAGCCGUUUGAUUUUACA